CAGAAAGGCUUGCUCUAUUCCUUCAUAAUAGUCGCUCUUCAGAAAUCGCAACAACAAUUUGAAUCCUCACCAAAGGUAAGUUACCAGAUCCCCGUUUUUUUUUUUCCAAUAAUUCGCAAUGGACAUUUCCUUGUCCCGUUAUCAGAACACAUCAGUCGUCCAAAGUAGUUAUUGGGCUUUAACGGAUGUUAAAUUUUACCAAGAAAGGCACUUGUUUUAUGGGUCUUACUUGUUAAACAAACCAAAAAGAAGAACCCAGGUGUCUCAAAUUAGUUGUUCUUUCGUAAAACAGGGAUUACAUCCAAAACCCAAGCCGAAGCCACUAAAAAAUGGUCAUGAUUUAGUAAAGAAAGAAACCCAUGUCGAAGAUUCGUCACAGAAUAUAGGUUCUAGUUCAGGACUUUGUGGCCAGAUCGAGAAAUUGGUUCUUUGUAAAAGAUACAGAGAUGCUCUUGAAAUGUUUGAAAUUCUGGAAAUUGAGUGCUAUGAUGAUCAUGUUGGCAAGAGUACUUAUGAUGCAUUAGUGGAUGCUUGUAUUAGUUUGAAGUCGAUCAGAGGGGUUAAAAGGGUGUUUAGUUAUAUGAUUAAUAGUGGGUUUGAGCCGGAUUUGUAUUUGAGGAACAGGAUGCUGUUGAUGCAUGUCAAAUGUGGGAUGAUGAUUGAUGCCCGGAUGUUGUUUGAGGAAAUGCCUGAGAGGAAUUUAGUUUCAUGGAACACAAUUAUGGCAGGGCUUGUGGAUUCCAGAGAAUAUGUGGAUGCAUUUCGGUUGUUCCUAAUUAUGUGGGAGGAACAAUCUGAGGCUAGUUCACGUACUUUUGCCACAAUGAUGCGUGCAUCUGCAGGACUUGAAAUGAUUUCUCCAGGACAGCAAUUGCAUGCCUGUGCUAUAAAAAUGGAUGUUGAUCAAGAUAUCUUUGUAUCGUGUGCACUAAUUGACAUGUAUAGCAAGUGCGGAAGCAUCGAGGACGCCCAAUGCGUUUUUGAUGUGAUGCCUCAGAAAACAACUGUGGGUUGGAAUACGAUCAUUGCAGGUUAUGCCUUUCAUGGAUAUAGUGAGGAGGCUUUGGAUCUUUAUUAUGAGAUGCAAGAUUCUGGUGUUAAAAUGGAUCACUUCACUUUCUCUAUGAUAGUAAGAGUGUGUACAAGAUUAGGUUCAUUAGAGCAUGCCAAACAAGCACAUGCUGGGCUUGUUCGUAAUGGUUUUGGGCUAGACAUAGUCGCUAACACUGCACUUGUCGACUUCUACAGUAAAUGGGGAAGAAUUGAAGAUGCACGCAAUCUAUUUGAGAAAAUGCCUCAUAAGAAUGUCAUAUCAUGGAAUGCCUUAAUUGCUGGUUAUGGUAAUCACGGUCAGGGAAUUGAAGCCUUGGAGUUAUUCAAUCGGAUGAUUAGUGAAAAUAUGACCCCAAAUCAUGUUACUUUUCUUGCUGUUCUAUCAGCUUGUAGCUAUUCUGGAUUAUCAGAUCAAGGGUGGGAGAUAUUUGAAACGAUGGGCACAGACUUCAAAGUAAAACCUCGGGCCAUGCAUUAUGCAUGCAUGAUUGAGUUAUUAGGCCAUGAAGGGCUCUUGGAUGAAGCAUUUGCUUUGAUCAGAGAUGCACCCUUUAAGCCUACUGUUAAUAUGUGGGCUGCUUUGCUGACAGCUUGUCGAGUCCACAAAAAUUUGGAGCUUGGGAAGUUUGCAGCUGAGAAAAUCUAUGGCAUGGAGCCGGAAAAGCUUAGUAACUAUGUUGUUCUUUUAAACAUAUACAAUAGUUGCGGAAAGCGUGCUGAAGCUGCUUCUGUUUUCCAGACUCUAAAAAAGAAAGGUUUGAGGAUGUUGCCUGCAUGUACCUGGAUAGAUGUCAAGAAACAACAACAUAUGUUUCUUUCAGGAGAUAAAUCCAAAUCCUAUGUUCAGAUUCUUAGGAAUUUGAAGAAAUUAAUAUUAGAAAUCGCGGAAUAUGGGUAUGUUCCAAAGAAAAACUCUUUGCUUCCUGAUGUUGAUGAAAGGGAAGAACAGAUGUCACUGUAUCACAGUGAGAAACUUGCGGUUUCUUUUGGGUUGCUCAACACAGCACAUUCAAUGCCGUUGCAUCUUGUGCAGAGCCACCGGAUUUGUGAUGACUGCCAUCUGGCAGUAAAGUUGAUAGCUAAGGUGACAGGACGGGUGAUUGUUGUGAGAGAUGCUAGCAGAUUCCAUCGCUUCGCAGAUGGGAAAUGUUCUUGUGGUGAUUAUUGGUGAAGGAGAUCGACAAGUUUUUUGCAAGCUGGAAGUCCUCAAGAACAUAACAUUGUAUCUGAUUCUUGAUCUCUUUCCUUCAGAAAUAACCUUAAAUUAUAAUUAUAUGUGUUCUCGCUUGACAUGUUUUUUACAAGUCCUUGGUUAUAGUUGAAUUAGACAUUAUUUGGUUAGUCACUUUUAUUUUUCAAUUUAUUGUGAAUGACAUAAAUUUUCAAGC